AUGUCCGCCGAACAACUCCCAGAUGACCACUUCCGACCCACUUACGAGGAAAUUCACGUCCAGAUCGGCGAGGCUGCUCGCAGGAUCAAGAGCGUCUUCGACCCGGAUCUCAUGGUCGCCAUCGGUGGUGGUGGAUUCUACCCAGCUCGUGUUCUCCGCACUUUCCUCAAGAAGCCUUCGGCGCUCGACCCUUCCAAGAUGCGUAACAUUCCCAUUCAGGCCAUCGGCUUGAGCUUGUACGAGGAGGUCUCCGGCACUGCCGAGGGUCAGAUCGGUAACGAGGUGGUGCGAACUCAGUGGCUCGACGCCAAGACUGUCAGCGGACACAAGGGCCCCGGCACGAUCGAGGAGGGCAAGGAUGCUGGUGGAUUGCUUGGCAAAAACGUUCUUAUUGUCGACGAGGUCGAUGACUCCAGGACCACGCUCCAGUACGCUUACUCUGAGCUCCUCAAGGAUGUCAAGAAUGCCAUCGCCAACCUCUCGGCUGAAGAGCGCCAGAACCUUGCACCUACCCGCUUUGCCAUCUUUGUCGUCCACAACAAGGAGAAAGCCGGCGGAAAACGCGGUACGCUGCCCAUCCUCCCUAAGGAUCUGUCCAAGGGCGAGGACAAGAUUGUCGACGGUCUCAGCCAGGGCGUCCGAUACUAUUCGACUCAGGAUAUCGGAGACGUUUGGAUUUGCUACCCAUGGGAAGAAGAGGACAUCAUCGAGCACAACCGUCUUGCUGCUCUUGCAAAGAAGCUCGGUGUCAACCAGCCCAACUAA